UUGUGGGGAAAGUUGAACUUCGGUUCUUCCCUUUUUCUUUCCGUAAGUUAAAAAUGGUCAGAUCUCUUUUUUCAAUAGGUUUAGCCUAUUUCAAAAAUAUUUUUUAUCUGGAUAGGAGCCCUACUAAUCAAGAGUUUUGGUGCACACGCAAUGUACCUAAUCUUUGGUUCUAAAACGCAGAGCGGGUACUUGAUAGCCAUUUUAGAGCGAGCUGGAUCUGGUCCAGACCUUGAUUUUUCUUAGAUCCAGAGUCCAGAUUAAGGCAUUUUUCAGCGUUUUUUUUAUUUUUCCUUGAAUCAAGAUCCUUGAUCUGGUCAAGGUACCUGACAAAAAUCAAGAAUCAAGGUUUUUUCGAAAAUCUCGCUCUCUAUUAGCCAUAGGGUAAUGUUUUACUCAUUUUAACACAAGUCUGACCAUUUUUAAUAAGAAAAGGAUAUGGGGGUCGAAAUUGAAUUUUACUAAUUUUACCAACAAAUUUAGCUGCUAAUAUGCAUUCUUCAAUGUCUAGAACCCAAAGGUCACGGCUACGGGCUGAUGAUACUACUGGAAAAUACAAGUUAUUAAAAACGAUUGGAAAGGGCAAUUUUGCAAAGGUCAAGUUGGCUAAACACAUUCCAACAGGUGUUGAAGUUGCUAUUAAAAUUAUUGAUAAAACUGCCUUAAAUCCGAGCAGCCUUCAAAAGGUUUUAAUUUUUUGUUUGGUUCUUGUUAGUUAG